UGUCACGUGACCACGUAGAAAAGUUAGAUGGUGUGUUUUUAAGAAGAAAUGCUACGAAUAUGAAGGAUAAUAACAGAAAUCAUGCAUUUCGAAACGUAACGCGAUUUAGCGUGUCUGCGCGUGAAGGAAACGUUAUUAACAUGUACGCGGAACAGAGCGCGCUACGGUUUCACAGUGAAAGCAGAUGUGUGGAUCUGGCUGCUGUAGCGCUAUCCUGGCAUUACUUUCGUGGUGUUUCGCCUUGGUAUUGAACCCCCAACGGCUGUAAAAAAUCCAGAUAUUGCGGGAAGAACAGGAGACUUUCACAAGUAAGGAACCUUCAUGGAAAUAUAACCGAUGGGUCGGGGAACGAUAACAAAGUGGAGCUUGUGACACCAUGAGGAGGGUCUAUAUAAAAGGAGAUAUUGUCUGUGCCUUGAUUCUCUUGAUGCUUCUUUGUCUGUUGUUAUAUACCCAACAAAGGCUGACACCUGUAUGGGGGACGUUGCACAUUGAAGGAUCCACAAACUCAAGAACCCUACUUGGAGGAGCCCCAAUAGGACAGAACACAAAGCCUGUCUCUUCUAAACAUCAAAACGUCCCCCCUUGGCAACCUGAGGGUCAAAGCAAGCUUACGGCCCAAGAGCAAUCAGAAGUCAAAUCUCAGAGUAAAUCUAUAAAACAAACCAAAGCAAAGUUGAAAUUUAAACAUUCAACAGCAGCCACUGUCUCGCCAACACAUACUUCAUUUGACUUUGAGGAUUACCUUCGAAAGAUAGACCAGCGAGACUUCAAGCUGCUAAUCGAUCAGCCAACAAAAUGUUCUGGACGAGAAGGUUCCCCGUACCUCCUGAUUGCCAUAAAGUCAUUAGCAGUGGACUUCGACAAACGUCAGGUAGUUCGACGCACGUGGGGACAAGAAGGUGUUUUUCAAAAAGACCUCAACGUCAAGAGAGUUUUUCUUCUCGGUGUGCCUGAAAAUCAAACAGCGCUUCCUUUAUGGGACAAACUAUUGGCGUAUGAGAGUCACAUUUAUGGUGACGUCCUUCUGUGGGACUUUGAGGACACUUUCUUUAACCUGACACUGAAAGAAAUUCACUUUUUACAGUGGGUCAACGCGAGUUGUCCCAAAGCGAAGUUCAUCUUUAAAGGAGAUGCAGAUGUGUAUGUUAACUUUGACAACAUCCUGGAGAUGCUCAGAGAGAAAGAGGUCGAUAAGGAUCUUUUUGUUGGAGAUAUCAUUGUCCACGCAAAACCAAUUCGAAGACGCAAAAGUAAGUACUUUGUUCCAGAGUUUAUUUACGGACAGGGGAUCUACCCAUCCUACGCUGGCGGAGGAGGUUUUGUCAUGUCCGGGUAUACUGCCUUGAAGCUUCACCUUGCUUGCAAAGAGGUAGAACUCUACCCCAUAGAUGAUGUCUUUCUGGGCAUGUGUCUGCUCAGGAUCGGCCUUCAACCCGCUCGCCACGAGGGCUUCCGUACCUUUGGAAUAGUGAGACCAUCUGCCGCACCUCACCUCCAGGUGUUUGAUCCUUGCUUUUACAGAGAGUUGAUGUUGGUGCACAGCCUUACAGUCCCACAGAUCUGGCUCAUGUGGAAUCUUCUCCAUGACCCCAACAUUCAUUGUCAUAAUCGUCAGGAUCCCACAAAUGUUCUGUUUCAGUGGAGAAAUAAGGUUGCUAAGACAGCUAAGAAACAGGCAAAGGAGCGUGAGGCUCAAGACUAUGGAAUUAAGGUGUUUGUGGAGCAUUAACUCCUUCAAAAAUGAUUGUACCAAAAAUAAUUUUAUUUACUCAACUGUAUAAUUUUUUUUAAUUCUCUUUCUUUUGUGUUGAAGAUAUUUGUUUUAUAGAAUGUUAAUAGUGUUCUUUUUACAUACAAUGAUAACAUUUAGUGACUCGAGGCUGUCAAAACUGAGAAUCGUUUAUUUUGGUGAUCAUUAAAAUACAUAACAUUUAGGGCAACAUAACAGACAAAGCUUAUCUUAAGCCAGGAUUUAAUUAGGAUAUUCACAUUACUGGUGUGAAUCUUGAGACGAAACAAUGAUGACAUAUUUAAAGAUAUGGCAGUGCAAUUUAUUUUCAGUUAAGACAGCUCAAAAUUUCAUUUUAGUCUGGGACGAGCCAGAACUAUUUAGAGCCAAGUACAGAGUUAGAGCAAAGUAUGUGGAGAUGGGGAGGAGGAGGGAGGCUGGAAGAACUGACGCUGGGGCGGCACAAGGAUUCCAGUUUAUAUUCGCUAAUUUAAAUACGUUAAUUUAGAGGUGGCACUAUUCAUCAAACAAUUAUUCUUUGGUAAAUGGUUUUGGAUGAUCUGCUGAUUUUUUAUUUGUAUUACAUUUUUAAGAAAUUGACGUGAAAUUGUGAAUAUGAACGUACUACUGCACUUCUUGUCUCAAGUGAAAUAUUAAAGACAAAAACACA